CAAUUUCCUCCAUUUUCCUUUGGAUUUGUUCCUCUUUUUCUCUUUUUUAACCUGUUGGUCUUUUUAAUGAAAAAUGGGAACUUUGAGGUUUCUUUCGGGGUCUAGAUUUUACAUUUAUAAUUCCAUGUGUUAUAAAAUUUAAUUUCCUCACUUUUUUCUUCUUUUAAUAAUUUUGGUUUGUGUUUCAACGGCAAAAGCCGAGGAAAUUGGAAGAAAAGAAACCUAACAAAACAUUUCCAUGCAAAUGCUCAAUCUUCCAAGGGAUCUACUUCAAAGAUUCAUGUCAUCAAGCGACCAUUUUUCUCACAGAAAUCAUGAAGAGGAAGAAAAUGAUGAAGAAGAAGAGAUUGAGUUAAGCUUAGGACUUUCAUUGAAUGGUCGUUUUGGGGUUGAUCCCAGAGCCAAAAAACUCACUAGAUCAUCUUCAAUACCAGAUUUCAUCAACAACUUAGCAAGAAAAGACACUAAUGAAUCUUUUUCUUCUUUGUUCCCCAUGGCUUGUGGUUCUCUUGUGAGGACAUGUUCUUUGCCUACAGAGACACAGACAGAGGAAGAGUGGAGGAAGAGGAAGGAGUUGCAAAGUUUAAGGAGAAUGGAAGCUAAGAGAAAGAGAUCAGAGAAACAGAAGAAUUUAAAAGCUGAGAGGCAUAGGAAUGGAGGGGGUUUUGGUGAAGAGAAUUGUGAAGAAGAUAAGAGAGAAGAGGCUGGGAAUGGAGCUAGUUGGGUUAAUGGUGGUAGAGGACCUUGUGAAGGAGUAGCUGCUUCUCUGGGUUCAAUUGGAUCCCAAGGUAGUGGUUCCUUGGGGAUAUCAGAACUUGAGAGCCAACCAACUCAAGGAACUUGUAAAUGCCGUGAAGAAAGAAGCCCUACCAGUGUGCAAUCUGCAGCAGAGACUGAGCAGAAACCAAUCAUCGUCCCUGCAACAAUCUUGACUCGAAAAUCAGAAAAGUUAGGUGGAGUUGCGACAGAGAAUCAACCUAUUGAACCAGCGGCAGCUGAAAAGAGGGUUAAGGAAGUGGUGAGGAACAUAUUUGAUGAUAUGCCUUAUGUAUCAACAACAGGCGAUGGCCCCAAUGGGAAAAGAAUAGAAGGCUUUCUUUACAGAUAUAGAAAGGGUGAGGAGGUGAGAAUAGUUUGUGUUUGCCAUGGCAGCUUCCUCUCCCCAGCUGAAUUUGUCAAGCAUGCUGGUGGCGGUGAUGUAGCACACCCACUAAAGCAUAUUGUUGUUAGUUCUUCUUUCCUUUUCUAAUGCAAAUCCCACGGUUUGAAGGAAUGCAGAGAAAAGGUUAAUGAAGCUUAGCCUUCAUUGAUUUCAGAAUCUCCUUUCUUUUAUUCUGGACUCGGCUAUUAACUUUUUAGUGAAUCAAGCUUCAAGUUUGGAAAAUUAAGAGGGGUGCAUCAUUUUCGUUUCAAAACAUCGGAUGUGAAAUUCAGAGCUAAAUUCGGAGCUUAUCUUGAUUGAUUUAUCGGAUGUUGAUUCUUCCAAUCUUUCACCAAUUCUAUUUUCAUUCAGAACCGUAAAAUGCUUCCAUUAGCAUCACAUGCUUAGUGAAAGGAAUCCUUGGAUUUCCUUCGCGGGACAUCCGAAACAGCAAAAUCAUCAAAGGAAAAAUUGAAGUGAAAGAGGAUUGAUUUGGUUACUCAAGAACUAAAGAAAAAAAAAAGAAUUGAAGGUAUCGGUAUCCCUCA